AUGGGUGGACCGCUGGAAAAGGGGGAAGAGGUUGAGCAGCAGUUGCCAACUAUAGAGAAAAGCGCAGAGGAGCCCACCGUCCAGAAAGAUGAAGUUUUAGAUAUUGUCAGACUAAUAGACACGGAGGUGGAGCCAAGCUUGAUAGCUGAAAUACCAGAAGAGACUCAAGCGGAGUCAAUUCCCAUGGAAAUAGCAACAGUGAAUGAACAUAUAGAGGAAGUCGAGGAACCACUACUCACCCAUGAGGAAGCCGCAGCAAACUUGGCAACAAGGAAUUCUGAGGCUAUUGAGAUGGAUAUGGAAGUGGAUGAGAACCGGACUGCUGGAUGGAACUCUACUGAGAGGAUAGAGAAAAAUACUGAUGAAACACUGGAGAGAAGGGAAGUGGUGAUUGUAACUGAUGAAGAGGAGGAGACUGAACAGGUGCCUCACAGUGAUGAGGCUGCUGAAGCAAAAGCUGCUGCCAUCCUUACCUAUCAGCGGAUGCUAGCUAGAGAAGAGACCUCAAGGAGGAGGUCUGAAGAAGAACUAUCGAGGGAAGCCCCUAGACAGAGAGCAGGAGGGAAUGUGAAUAGUCCAGCAAGGAGUGCGGUGGAAAUUCCACGCUGCAGAAGGAGGCUCCUAAUUGACGAAGAACAUGAGGAAAAAGAAGAUGUUAUCUUCACACCGAUAGACGCACAACCUAGUUUUGGGCAGCCCAACCCACCUGCUGAGGUAGAAGACUGUGAAAGAGAAAGGAGGGAGCGACAAAGGAAGGGGAAUACCAUCGCUACCCCAUUGAAAAAGAAGCCAAGGCAGGCCUCAACAACCUUGGUAAUUCAAGAAGGAAGAGAGAGAGUCGAGGAAAGAGAUGAUGAGGAAGAUGAGGCGCUGAGCAUGGAGCGCCGUUCUAAGCGAAGAAAUGAUGGGGUGAGGAGUGCGUCCGAGCAGAGGCCGGAGAUGGCCAAGAUAUAA